GAAAAAGCAGCACUGGUCCGGACAGGGGACACAGCCCCGGCCGGGCACGCGCAGGCUUUGCCAGGGGAAGCCUUUGCAUAAAUUGGUGGUUUAGGUCAAGUUCUCUUUUUUCAGAGACCUGGGAUGUCUCUUUGUUGUUGUUUUGUUUUGGUUUUUUUUUUUUUAAACAGAGGAUGCAGAUAAAGCCUGGUGAUGUGGAACCUUCCCGAAGAGAUGAUUUUUGGAGGAUAUCAUCCUUCAGAGGUUAGGAACCAGAGCACUUGUUCUUUGUGGACACCAGCCAGGGUUUGGGGUUUUUUUUUUUUGUUGUUUGCUUAUUUGUUUUUUAACUCCACAUUGGGAAUAAUCUCCGAGAGACAGUUUCAUAAUAUUUUACAUUAAUUUAAGACCGAAGUGUAUUUUAUUUGUACAUUUGCCAGGAUUUUGAAGUCUCCCUCCCAGGCUCCUGUCCUCUUUUAAAAUGUCUCCGGAGACUCCUUUGAUGCUCCUAGCAUGAGAGAUCCCACCACCCCACAACGCAAGAGAUUGUCUGAAUUGGAAACUUUCCCAGAACAAGUUUGCCGGUUAAAGGGCUCUAUUUGUGAUGAAAUAUAGCUCAGUCCACAGGGUCUUACCUUCAGUACUCUCAAACCGUUGUCUCAGACAGCGUUAACCAGUACUGCGCUUGACGUGCUCCUCUCUCCUUAAGAGACGCCAAAAGACUUUGUUAUUGUCAAUAAAAUUCCUACUGGGGCUCGGUGCGGCUUUGCCUGGUUUGCCCUAGGUUUUGACUGAGUUUUACAGCCCCAUAUUUAAGACCAGACGGCACCACGGAUGGUGCCACGGACAUACCCUGCACGAACACGAACCGCACACCCGGGGACACGCUGCGCGGCUCGGGGUCCUGCCCUGCGCCGGACAGGAGAGGACGCAAACCAGAAGCAGGAUGACAGCCCGGAUGCUUUCACUCUCUCUAAGAUGCUAUCAGGAGUAGCCGCAGCCUGGCAGCUCUCAGGAUUGUAUCACAAACCUCCUGUGAUGGCUUGGUUCUCCAAAAGCUCCUAUUCUCGCUGCGCUAGGAGGAAUACCCUUCCCAUUGAAGACCAGAAGACCCAGGUAGCCUGGGCUGGGAAGUCACCCUGCUCCCAACGGGGAAAGCCACCUCGUGCCAGAGCGGAGCCCGAGUCCCUUGGAGGAAGAGCUCCCACCUCCGUCCCCGCACAUGGAGGAGGAGAGCGGAGCUGCCGGAGCUUCUUUGUCCCCUCGUCCUCCUUCCCUGCCCAAAAUCUGAUCUUUCCCUGCGAGAGCCUGUUGAUUCCUAUAGACGGACGUUCAGAUGCUGAUGGGCUCAGGUGUGUUUGUGCACAGACUUCCUACCUCCAAUUCUUUUUAAACAUAACCAAUUCGUCUAUUCUAAUUAAAAAGAUCCAAGUUUGUAUCGCUGAAUGCCCGCGACUGAGUAUUUUCAGUUACCAUCUGCGGGCUAUCCGUGAAUAACGAAGCGCGGCAGGCUGCUGCGAGGCUACGGAGGUGGGCAAAUGCGGCGGGCAGGAGGCUGCGGAAGGAGCCCCUGCAUCGGGGUCGGGGUCCCAACCCCAGCAGCCCCCGUAGCUGCUUCCCCGACCUGCAGGGGCCACGAAUGCGGUCCCUUAUGCUCAACCCUUCGUAGCUGAGGCACACGCAUCCCAGAGCAUCCCACCACCUGACCACGACAGGGCAUGAGUUGUCUGGGGAUUAAAGUGAUGAAGAUGAUCUGGAAAACUCAUUCUGCGUGUGAAAACAAUGGUAAUCAAUUUUAAUAAAUUUUGAACAAGCGAUCAAAUGAGUGAUUUACAGACUUGGGCAAGCAGACAGGGAUGCAAACAGGAUAAAAAAAAAUACAGGAAAAGCCAUUAUUUAAAUCUAUGUUGUUAAUAAAAUUUACAGUU